AGAGAAUCGGCCCGGGUGGGAUUGCUUGUCGCCAUGGCUGGAUGCGCGCACACCAGGCCAAGGCGAAGGCACUUCAGCCAAAAGAAGCAGCAGAAGUGCUGCAGCGACAUGCCAGGUCAGGAGAAACAUCUACAUGGUGUCUCUUGGCGCAGCUUUGUUCCGCAAGACUUCAGAGCAACACCAUACACCACAACAUUGCCAUUAGCGCUGCUGAGAAAGUUGGCGACUGGCGGCUUGCCAAUUCCUUGCUGUGGUCCAUUCUGGAGGUCGAGUUGGCACUGAGCAGGGUGAGCUUCAAUACUGCGAUCAGCGCCUGUGACAAAUGCCGCCAGUGGCAAAUGGCCAUGGAACUUUUGCGCAGGACACUCCAGCCGGACUCCAUUAGCUUCUUUUGCGCCAUGAGAUCUGAACGUUGGUGGGACACGAUGUGUCUCUUCCAUGAGAUGUUGAUGACGAGGGUGCAGCCAGACUGCACAACAAGCAACAUGGUUCUAACUGCAGCUGCGGAUGCGGUGAAUUGGCAGCACGUCAUGACACUCUUAGACACUGCAGUGGUCACUGCCGCAAAUCUUGAUGAGAUCAGCUACUGGUUGACGAGGUUGAGGAUAUGCACAGUGCACGCGUUCUUCAUGCAGAGCACCUGAGAGAUUGAUUGACAGUUCAUGGAGCAAGUUCUACUCAGAUUGAAGCUGGUUGAGGCUUUGCGAUUGGAGCCAACGCCUUGGAGCGCAGCAAGCGUUGGCAGCAUUCUUUGCAGCUCCACCGCAGCAACGCGAAUAGCCAACACUUGAGAGCUUUGGUCAGUGCAUGUGCAGAGGCGAAGGCCUGGCAACGUGCUAUUGGCAUGUUCGGCCUUUUGGAGGGGCCACAGGGGCUGCAGCUGAACAUUUUUCACUGCAGUGCAUUUGUGACGGCUCUUCAGCAGAAUUGGCAAGGUGCUGCAGCCUUGGUUCAGCGGAUGGGCUUCCUGGGCAUCUCUCAGAACGUCUUCAGCUGCGGUGCAAUGAUGGAAGCAUGCACUGCAAGUGCAUGGCAGCUUUCACUGUCCACCUUAAAGUGGAUGCUUAAGACCCGCCUCUCGCCUGAUGAGUUUGGAGCUGACACUCGCCUUGCAGCCUCCAGAAGGGCAGGUUGGCAAAGUGCCAUGGUGGCCUUGACAAUCAACGCCUCGACGUUGAACAUUGCUUUGGGCAAUGUCGGCCUGGGUUUGUCGCUGACCACUCUGGAGAAGGCAGUGCAAUGGCUCCAUGCUUUGGAUUUGCUGGACACAUUUGCGCGAAAGGCGCUUCGAUACAAUGUGAUCAACACAAAUUCCUUGAUCAGUUGCUUGGAGAAAGUGGGCUACUGGCGACAAGCCUUGCCAUUGUUGUUCCGCAUGGGGCAGGUCAACCUCCUUCCAGACACAGUCAGCUGCAGUGCCACUGUUUCUGCUUGCGAGGAACAAGGGCGCUGGCGGGAGGCUGCGCAUUUGUCCUCAAAACAGGGCAACUCAUUGAUGGUGUUUGCUGGUGCAGUCAGUGCAAGUGAGAAGGCUUUGCGGUGGCCACGAGCAUUGCAGGUUCUGUCGAUGAUGCCACAGCUCCGUUUAACAGCAGACCUGGUGACUUUCAACGCGACUUUGCGGGCCUUGGAACGGGGCCUUUGCUGGCAAAUGGUUCUGGAGGUCUUUGAGGACAUGCCGAAGGAGGGCGUUGUGCCAGACGUUGUUGCACACAACAGUGCUUGCCUGGCAAGCGAAAAUUCUCCAGAUUGUAGAGCAACCCUCCUUCUGAUGCAAGCGGCUGAGAGUCAUGCAGUUUCAUCACUGGUGCCACCGAGAAUGCGC